CUCUCUCCCUCUCUCGCGCUCCUACGGUCUGUCCUCUCGAGCUGGCAUCUUUGUAUAUUCGAGAUGAUACGGCUCGCAGUGGCGACGGAGACCUGGUAUUAUCGACAUCGAAACGAUUUCUGACCCAGGACGGGCUGACGACAAUCGCCUUUGAUGAAGGGAAAUCAUCAUGGACGACGAUGAACUAAUCCCUCCAAACAAGUGCCCGGUCUGUGGCAGCGAUCCUCGGACACAUCCAGGACUUCGCUUCAAGAUCAACACCAAAUGCUAUCACCGGAUCUGCGAGGGCUGUGUGGAUCGGAACUUCUCAAGCGGCAAAGCCGAAUGUCCUGUUGGGGGGUGUCACGUCAGUCUCUGGAAACGAGAAUGGCGCACUCAGACAUUUGAAGAUCUCAAGAUCGAACGCGAGGUGGAGAUUCGGAAAAAGGUGACCAAAAUUCUCGAUCGACAGGAGGAAGAAUUUGAGUCGAAACGUUAUUACGAUGACUUUUUGGAGCUCCGAGAAGAAAUGAUCAUGAAUUUGGUCCUUCGAAUGGAUGUGGCAGCCACAAACCGCAGGUUGAAGGAUUACGCAAUCGCAAACGGUCUCAAAGUGGAUGCGAACGAAACCACCGAGGCGGGCUCCAAACCCUUGAAGAAGAAGGAUGUUGAUCCAACUGUUGCGGACCCCAGCGGUUUGAUCAAGGGCCUCAAGAAAAAGAUCAUGCCGGUGGUGGUGGCUCCAUACGACCCUUUUAUGGGAAUGCCACGAAACAGAGACUAUUACGAAGUCAAAGACAGCUACGUGGCUCGUGCAAGGGGGAAGCCAGCGGAAGCCAUGGUUGCUGCAGGUUAUGACUUUGGACAAUACAUGGACGAGUGCCUUCUGCGGGCAUUCGCAGGACUGGGAGUCUUUAUUCAGGACGAAAUGGCGGCAAAAGAUAACGCAGCCGUGCCUGUGCCAGGCACCGGAGAGGUCAAGGGCGAAGAUGAUGUGUUUUAAAUGGUCGGAGUGUGACUGCGGGAACGACAUAAAGGGCUACACAGGCACGGCAUUCUGAGAGAGGAGUCUCAGCGAUCAUCUAAAACAUUUGGAAUCAUUGACAGUUUCACUCGAAUAGACUCGAUUGUCC